UAAAACUGCUUUAUACAAGGCACCGAGUGUGUGAUGUCUUAAGGUUCUUUAUGGACUUUGUUGAUUCGGAGGGGUUGAUGAAUGGAUUGUGUGGAAUGUUUGACUCUAGUCUGAGGAUUAACAUGUUAACAUAUGACGAAUUCUUUUUAGGGAUAGUAGAAGGAAUGAAUGGUCUGCACCGCGAGCGGGGUUCCUUGAAAUAAUGCAACAAGUUUGCAUACGGCUAGAACGAGCUGUGAAACCAGUCACCGCUGAUACUGUCUCAGUUCAUGGACGCAUGCACUCCGCUAGCUGCGCUGCUAGUCGAUUCGACACAAAAAAUACACAGUGAUAGUCAUUAUUCUCCAGUCGCUACAAAAGAUUUCAUAUAGCAGAACGUACGGACGAGAGAACAAUAUCCAUGAGGGAUUUAGAAACCAAUAAAGAGCUUCGGAGCGCAACAAAAAUGGAGAACGACACCGGUCCUGGCAAGAGGCGGUGCUGCCUUACAGGGACCGUGAACGCUAUACCAUAUGCGUUUUCUCUUGUUUCUUUCGCCUUUUGUUUUUUAUUGAAUGUUCAGACCAGCGAGAUUAAGGACAGAAUCGUGGAUCUUGAGACUGGUGGUGGCGCCCGGCUAUUAAGCCCUUUUUAUGGGAUCUCUAUGGAUCAAUUUCAUUCAAUGAUACAGCAACGAGUGGACGAACUGCUGUCACAGCACUCCAAUGACCACUUGGCUAAAAUAAGGACUGCUCGACAAGCUUCACCAUCUGAAUGCAACUGCCCACCAGGUCCACCAGGCAAAAGAGGAAGAAGAGGACGCAAUGGAGACCCUGGACCUCCUGGUCCACCUGGCCUAAAAGGUGAUAAGGGAGAUCAAGGCGACCAGGGACCACGGAUGGUCUUCCCUAAGAUAAAUCAUGGCUUUCUUUCUGCUGAUCAACAACUCAUUAAACGUCGACUCAUUAAGGGUGACCAGGGUCAAGCAGGACCCCCAGGACCUCCUGGGCCUCCAGGACCCCCAGGACCAAGGGGACCCCCAGGAGACACAGGCAAAGAUGGUCCUCGGGGGCUCCCAGGGCUCCCAGGAGACCCCGGAAAUCCAGGGGACACUGGUAAAAUGGGACCUGAGGGCCCACCAGGACAGAAGGGUUCCAUUGGCCCUCCUGGUAUUGAUGGAUUAAAGGGAGAUAUUGGUACACCAGGAGUAGAUGGAAUUCCUGGCAUUAAGGGUGACAGAGGUGAACGGGGUGAGAAGGGAGACAUGGGAGAGGAUGGCAUGAAAGGUGAAACCGGAGAGAAGGGAAUUGCAGGAUCCUCUGCCGCUGGAAUCAAAGGUGAGCCAGGCGAGCCAGGUCGUGGAGGACAAAAGGGUGAGCCAGGACUUCCAGGCCUGCCUGGACUGCCCGGGAUUAAGGGUGAACCUGGUUUCUUUGGGCCUCAAGGCGAGCCAGGGCUUCCAGGUCUUCCAGGAACUAAGGGAGAGAGAGGAGAACCAGGACCACCUGGAAAAGGUGAACGUGGUGAAACAGGUCCUUUAGGACAGAAGGGAGAGCAAGGGGAAUCAGGAGCACCAGGCCUGAAAGGUUCAAAGGGGGAUUCAGGAGACAAAGGGGAUGUGGGCCCAACAGGAUCACAAGGGCUACCUGGGGAGAAAGGUGACCAGGGUACAACUGAAAUCAUAGACUACAAUGGGAACAUUCAAGAGGCUCUUCGGAAGAUAACUGCUAUUACAGUUACGGGCCCCCCUGGGCCUCCUGGACCAGUUGGACCAAAGGGACUGAAGGGUGAUCAGGGUAUACCUGGACUUCCUGGACUGGAUGGAGAAAGAGGUCACAAAGGUUCAAAAGGAGACAUGGGAAUCCCUGGAAUACCAGGAGAAAAGGGAUCAGUGGGUUUCCCUGGCUUACAGGGUGUAAAUGGUCUUAAAGGAGACAAAGGAGAUGGCGGCAUUUCUGGUCCCCAAGGACCCUCGAUUAUCGGGCCCCCUGGAGCACCUGGUCCACAGGGACCACCUGGCCCAAUGGGUCCUCAUGGAUUCCCUGGUCCAAAGGGGGAAGCAGGUUUGCAUGGUCUCAAGGGAAUACGUGGAGAGCCUGGGCAUAAGGGGGAGAGAGGACCCUUAGGUCUUCCCGGAGCAUCUGGCUUUGAUGGAAGGCCGGGACUCAUGGGUAUGGAUGGUCCAAUCGGAGCUCCAGGUCCAGCAGGUCCAAAGGGAGAUGUAGGUGAGAAGGGUGACAUUGGUGAUCCAGGACCCAGAGGGCCGUAUGGGUUACCUGGAGCUGCUGGAUCGCCCGGAAUAGAUGGGUUACCAGGCUUAAAGGGAGACAAGGGCGACGUGGGGGAAAGAGGAGAAAAGGGUUUCCGGGGCUUUAAGGGUGAAAAGGGCGAGCCAGGUCAGCCUGGCCUGGAUGGGCUGGAUGCCCCAUGCCAAUUGGGUCCAGAUGGGCUUCCCAUGCCAGGCUGUUGGCAGAAGUGAUCAAUCUAACACAAAAUGCAUGGAGUUUGUAAAUAAGGAAAUAUUUUUACUUUAAAUUUUUUGUAUUUAUACACUUAUUUUAUUUUAUUUUUAUUCUGUAAAUGAUUAAUUGAAGUUAGAAUAAAAUAACUGAAAGUGGAUGUAUUUUUUUUAUUUUUAUUUUUUAUCAUGGAGUUCACAUGUAGCUGCUUCUACCACUUUCAUGUGUUUAUGACAACAUUUGUUACAUUCACAUCAGCACUGUGGAAUUUAAAGACUUGACCAGCAACAAACUCUUGUCCAUGAAGGUGUGUUUGCCCGGCUUUGCAUGGCCCAGAAUGAGAAUUAAAUAUCAAAACAGUUUUGGAGUUGGUUCUUGAACAGGAUCUUGUGGUGUAUUUUACCUGUUCAUCUUCACAUCAUGCAUACUACCAGCUUACAAGACUAAAGACUCCAUCCACACGUCCCGAAACAAGCAUGAAGUCAACUUGAAGUAUCACAGAAUCACAGUGUAUGGCUUCUGCAAAUCACUAACUGCCACUGACUGUGUUUGUCGAUUUGAAUCAAAAAGACUUGUUCCUCUAAAGGGGUUAAUUUUUGGUUUGUUUUCACCUUAUAAAGGGUGUCACGCCUUGGCUGGUGGCUUAAGAAAGUCAAAAAAGUGUGAUUGCUGGAUUUCUUUAUUACAAAGAGGUCAGUGUGGCAUCUGCCCGACUACGCCUCAGGUGUUGCAUUGGCGCAACUCCUGCCUUGAGAUGAAAGUGACAAUUUGACAGACUGGUAUUAUUGAAAGAGCAGGACACAUGUUCCUCCCACCAUCUGUGGCUGCUCUAGAGUAAGCUAGGAAACUGAAACUGGAAGUCACUACAUUCUUCCCUCCACCAGCGAAGCUGUCCUUGUUCACUCUUCAGUGGCAUCUUGUUGUUGUAGAAGUGAGCUACUCAGAUCUACUGAGAACAACAGAAUGGUGUUUCUUUGAUAAUGACUCAUAGUUUGAUUGGCUCAUUUUAUGCAUUAUUGCCUUUGUGCCUAAAGACAUUUGUUAUUCAUUCCUUUGCUGGAUAUGUUUUAUUUCUUUCUGUUUUGAGGUGUAAAUAAGAUAUUUUACUGUAUUCUGUUGCAGCUACAAAGAUUCAUAAGUGCAUGUGUUGCUGGAGGUAAAAGUGUCACAUUCUCCAUGCUUUUAAUAAGGUUAUUAUAGGAAUAUGACAACUUUGUCAUAAGCUACUGUGGUUUCAUGGCACUGAAAUUCUGAAAAAAAAAAACUUUCUAAAGUAAUCAGUAUUUAUCUGCUUUAUCUAUUUGAGUGUUAAUUCACAGUGCAAGGUGCAAAAAUACAAUAGGCAUGAGACUCUGAGGCUUUUUUUUGUUUGACCAGCAUUGAUUAUCAUUACAUAACUUGUUAUCAGGCUACACAUUCAUCAAGCAAAGUGUUCAAAGUUUUAUCCUUUUGUUCACUUAUUUUUACAGCUUAAAAACCUUUUGACAACAGCCUAGAUUUUAGUAAGCGUUUUUGAGUAGCAAUAGUUAAAUGAUCACAGUGCUGCUGACUUUAUAAUAUAUAUAUUUUUUUUUGUGGCUGGUGGGCAUGUAAGAUCAUUAUAAAAAUUCAAAAAUACUGUACUUUAACUAGUUUACUGGUUACUUAAUGAAGAGUAACCAUGUUUUUUUUUUUCGAAGUUUUAUCAAAUUUUACAUGCCUUUUUAUAUUCUACAUCAGGCAUUCCGUAUUAUAUUAAAGUUUAAAGACCUAUUAACUUAAUGUGUUGUGCUGUAGUUGUGUUUGUGGAGACAUUAAGCAUCUGAUGAUUCUUGUAGAUCAUAUGUUCUUGUUUAUUCUUCUUUUUUUUUUUUGGCCAGCAGUUUGUUAAAAUAUUACUGAAUAUUCAUUCAGGUGACAGAAAUAUUGUAAAAUAUUUCCUAAAAAACAAAUUCCCUCUACCCCCCCGUUCAUUCUCUAUUUAUAUCUUGUUGCAGUAAAUGUAUAAAUGUAUAGAGUGUGCGGAUAAAUGUUGUAUUAAUUAGUUUAAAGUGCAAUUCAUAUUUCUUUUUCAAGUACGGAUGUAAUGUGCACCACAAACAAAUCUUAUUUACUCAACCAUAUUGUAAUAUCUGAAAUUGUCAUUGAUUGUCAUGUUUGUUUUAUUUUAAACAAACUGAAAAUGGCCAUGAUGGAUUUUUCAAACUCACAUGUGUAACUUUUGAUGUCAAACUACUUUCAUUUCCUUUCUACUCUCAACCAUUUUAGUAAUUUUCAAUGUCAAUUUAUUUCUACUAUCAUAAUGUCACCAAAUAUUUCUUUAUUAGAUGUUUGUCCUAAAGUUUGUAUAGAAGGCAUGGGAGGCAAAUUAUCCACUUGUUCCGUUCUGAAUAAAGUAUGUCCUUGUUUUUUUUUUUUUUUUGCCAAAAAACAAGCAGACCUUGCAUUACUAGUUCCACUUAUAUUUUAUAAUAUUUGUAAGGUUUAACAAUUUAUUGUUUUAUAAUGUAGAUAUUUGCUUGUACAAUGUUUCUGUUGUUUCUUUCUUUGAGCAUGUACAAAGCCUAUUUUCAACUAUUUUUGUCAAAUUUGAAUCAUGCAACUAAUCUGUAUAAUUCAUUAUGUGUUUUUGUUGUUUACAUAUGUAUAGCAUUAAUGUUUAAACUUGUUCCUCAAGAGGGACAAGUUGUCCUGCAGAGUUUCCUGCACUGUCCUGCAGAGUUUCAAACCUGAUUAAAUACACAUGAAGCACCAAGUCAAAGAUUUGAACAAAAUAUAUUGUGCAUAAUUUGAUGUUGUAUUAUUGUGGUAAUUUCCCCAUGAUACAUUCUCCACAAUGAUCAAAGAUCAUCUAAUCUUAUUUUUGACUAUUAGUAUUUGUUGUAACACUUUAAUUGAGGGUGUGUGCAAAGGACUGUCAGGAAAACUUAUAAUGAUGACCUCAAAACAUCAUGAAUAUAAAGGUGUUUUUUUUAAGCAUGCUUAUGACAACUGUAAGUGCUUUUUGCUGAGUUGUGGCAUUUUGAAAGCAACAGUGACAUUGUUAAAAUGUCUUUAUGACAACUCGAUAUAACGAAAUAUAACGUGUCUUUGUCAUGGCAACUUGACAUUACCAAGACAACAUAAGUUGUCAUAAAUCUGUCAUAAACAUGACUGCCCUGAUGCCAUUGUAAUCAUCAUGAACUUUAUAACAGUAUCAUUAACAUUUUUUUUUUUUUUACUUCAAUUACUGGUACUAAUUCAAUUUGUUUUAAAAAGACAUUAACUUUAAUUACAUAUUAAUCACAGUGUUAUAAAGUUUUUUCUUUUUUUUCUUUCUUUUUUUAGCAAAGCAUUAACCCUUUUAAUAAGACACUUUAAUGAACAAAAUAUUUUGUACUACUGAAAUAAUAAUAAUAAAAAAAAUGUUUAGAAAACAUAUUCAUGCCGCAGCUGCAAUGGAUUCAUGACAUGACAAUCAUGUUUAUGACAAGCCAUUUUGUCUUUGUUAUGUCAUGUUGUCAUACCAAAGACAUCUCAAACAAUGUCAUCUUGCAUUUAAUAUAACAUAACUGAGCAAUUGACACUUGAAAGUUGUCAUAAGCACAUAAAAUUUAAUUCAAAUUCAUUACAUGUGUCAUGUCAUGAUUAUAAAGGUGUCAUGACAGUCUUAUGAACAGUCCAUUUAUAUUAUUGUUGCUGCAUUUAAAUUUAUCUUAUUUUUUAUGUCUGUUGUAUUUUUUCUUUCUUUAUUUUUAUAUUGUUGUUAAAUCCUUUUGAAGCAGGGGUUUUCUACUCCUCGUGGUCAACCCUCAUGUUUUAAGCUCUUGGAAACUGUAUUGUUUAUUGAAUGCCAUGGCAUUUCAUUUCAGACUCAUGCUAUGUGGUAAAUAAAAGCAACUUUCUUCAA